AUGAACUCCUCUUUGGUUGGCAACCAGAGUGGCCGGCCGUUUUGUCUCCUGGCCAUUAGCUAUCUGGAGACCAUCAAUUUUUGCCUUCUGGAAGUGGUUAUUAUUGUGUUCCUCAUGGUGCUGAUUAUUUCGGGCAACAUUAUUGUGAUAUUUGUCUUUCACUUCUCCAUGGCCUCUUUGGCGUGUAUUAGUAUUGACAGAUACAUUGCCAUCACAAAACCACUGACCUACAACACGCUUGUUACCCCAUGGAGACUUCGAAUCUGCAUACUGAUCAUUUGGCUGUACUCCUGCCUGGUCUUCUUACCCUCCUUUCACUGGGGAAAGCCUGGAUAUCAUGGGGAUGUGUUUCAGUGGUGUGCCAAUUCCUGGAACACCGAUCCCUAUUUUACCCUCUUCAUUGUGGUGAUGCUCUAUGCCCCGGCUGCUUUCAUCGUCUGCUUCACUUACUUCAACAUCUUCCGCAUCUGCCAGCAGCACACCAAGGAGAUCAACGAGAGGCGAGUGCGCUUCAGCUCUCAGGAUGGGGAGGCUGGGGAGGCACAGCCCUGCCCGGACAAGCGCUAUGCCAUGGUUCUGUUCCGCAUCACCAGUGUCUUCUACAUCCUCUGGUUGCCCUACAUUAUCUAUUUUCUGCUGGAGAGCUCCAAUGUCUAUAGUAACCGUGUUGCAUCCUUCUUGACCACUUGGCUUGCCAUUAGCAACAGUUUCUGCAACUGUGUCAUUUACAGUCUGUCCAACAGUGUGUUUCAGAAGGGGCUUAAGCGUCUCUCCGGGGCUAUUUGUGCUUCUUGCGCUAGACAGAGGGUAGCUAAGGACUCCUCUACCUCUAGGAGCAAAAGAUCUUCCAAUGGAUGUCAUGUCUAAGACGCCUGUCAGCUGGACUGGGAAGUGCAGGGACAAUUCUGUAAAUUGCAAAAUAAGUUAAAUAUGGUUUUAAGAUGUCCAGAUUUGCAAAAAGGUUUCUGAGAAAUGCUGCUGACAUAGAAGAAUCAGGAGCACAUACCAUUGUGAUUUCACUUUAAAAAAUUACUGCUGUGGAGGAGGCUGUGGAGUUUCACCUCCAUAUUCAUUUUUAAGAAUAAAGCUGUAUCUUGACACUUACCUCUCCAGCUGGUG